AUGGUGGACUUUACAUCUGUCAAGCGACUCGUGGCGAAGGUGGGAGGAGGAGAAGGAGGGUACACUUCAGAAGGCAAAUCGGGAGGCAGGUUUGGAGGAGGCAUUUCCAACAAUGGGCCAGUCAAUACCAUCCCGCUGUCAGAGGUGUGUGCUGCGCUUCGCUCUUCUACGUCCUCGUCGGUUACUGCGGCUUCGCCUAACCAUUUCUGUCGCUUCGGCCCCACACAGGACAAGUUCGCAAAGUACGGCCUGAUUGUGCGAGGCGUACAGAUCUUUUUGGCAGCGUGAGCACCGGGACCACAGCUUUCCUUGCCGUAUGAAGUGUCGCAGCCACAUCUGACAGCCAAACAUCUGUUCCCUCCUCUCUCUUUCUCUCUUUCUCUCUUUCUCUCUUUCUCUCUCUCGCAACGCUUUGACAGGGUGGUCUUGAUCAUUGCCAUCAUACUGUCGUCCUUCCAGUCGAAAUGGAUUGGCGGCCCCUCGGGGCUCACGGGACUGCUCAUAGCCAUCUCCGUCCUUAGCUUGAUAACGUCAAUCGUCUUUGUCGCGGUACCCCUGAUUCACAGUCAGUCGGAUUUCACUAGGCUGAAGAGUCUAGCGAGAGCGCUUGGUGAGGCUCGGGUGGGAUUCAUCUUGAACGGAGUGUGGGUGGGCAUCAGCUUGUUGAUCGCGUGAGUAUGUGCUAAGUAUAGCUCUGGUAGAUUCGUGCUAGCAACUGACUCCCUCCCUCGACCUUUGCAGCUUGACUCAGACAAUCAGCGCUAAUGUCAAGGGCUGCAAAGCGCCUGCUUCGGAUGAUCACGCCAAAUCGAGUAAAGGCAAAGAGGAAGACUUUCUGAAGGUGCUGCCCGGCUUUUGCAACACGAAGCGAGCUCAAGCUGCAUUCACAUGGUUUUUGUUCAGUGAGUAUAUCGAGUGCGAGCAGGAUCCCCUUGCUGCAUGGACAGGCAUGUCGCACAUGGCUCAUGCUGCCGCGUUGCACUCACCCUCUUGCGCAGUUUCGUGGCUACUUGCGCUCGGACUAUUUUUGAGAGCCUGGCGUCUGUCACGCAAGAAUGGUCCUCGCAUUCCGCCGUUUGUGCAUCCCACAGACGACAGCGCAUUCGAGCCGAUCCAAGGAGAAGAUGACGAAGACCUUCAUCAACAAGACGCCAACCCUUACUCGAAUUACGGUGGAGGCGCUUCGGGUGGCAGGUACGGAGAUGGUGGGGAUGGAAGGUAUGGCAGUGGCGCUGGUUACGAUUACGGCUCAGGAGCGGCAGGCCGAGAUUCGUAUGGUGCACCCAUAGGCAGGCCCAGCUACAGCGCGGAGAACCCGUUUGGAGACGUCCAAGCUGCUAGGCCUUCGUAUGACUACGGCGCGUAUGGGAAUGCCAGCCAGGUCAACUUGCCAGGUUCAGGCAGAAGAGACUCAUAUGCGCCCAAUGACAGGCGCAACAGCGUCGACCCGUAUGCUGCCAUUCAGAAUCAGCUGCAAACGGAUCGUCCUCCUACCGGUCCACCUCAGCUUCCACCCCUUUAUCACCAUUAA